UUCUAUCACACUCUCUUUCUACACACACAUCAUCAUUCAACUAAAACAACACUAUGAAGUCAAGAUUUUUGAGGGGGUGUAUCAACAAAUGCAAGAAAAUGGGAAGCAUAGUAAAAACUUGUGCCACUUGUGAAGAUUUUUGUGAAAGAGGUUUAUGGUUAUCUCUGCAUGAGAGUUGCUCUAUACCAAGUGAUGUUCCAAAAGGCCACAUGGUUGUAUAUGUUGGUGAGAAUCAUAAGAGAUAUGUUAUCAAAAUUGCAUUGCUUCAUCAUCCACUUUUCAGAGCCUUGUUGGAUCAAGCUCAAGAAGAGUAUGAUUUCAUUGCUGAUUCAAAACUUUGUAUUCCUUGUGAUGAACAUCUUUUCCUCAGUGUUCUUCGUUGUGCUGGUUCUCCACAGAAUCAAGGGGUGUGUUUGUGUCUCUGAUUAAUAUCAUGAUAUUGACAUCAACUACUUUUUUUUUAUGAUGUUGAGAUUCUUCAAUUGUUAGCUAACUAUCAUGAUAUUUAAUGUAGCCAUAAUAUUGAUUAAUAAUGUUGUAAGUAGAUCAGGAUGAAAGUGAUGUAAUUCAUCAAUUCAAGA